GUUGUUUUCGAUUGUGUUUGAUCAGCAACGUUUUCCUGCCCUCGAUUUGUCUCAUUUUAACUGACAGUUCAAGGAACACGACAAUGGGAUAUCACGCUGGUCAUUACGGCCAAGGACACGGAGAGGUACGACGGUCAUUAGUAAGGAUUACGGUCCUGAACUUCUACUAUUACUGACCACCAGGAAUUCCAGCAAACUCAGUUACUCUGGCCAUCAGCGUCGCGGAGCCCUGACCAACUGAUUGUAGACAAGGUAUUCCCUCCUCAUAGCCAACAUACUGGACCAGAGAGGCGCGUGCAUGACCAUGCAUUGUACUGUUUUCUUUGUUGCCGCCAUUGCAACCCUGGCAAGGGGUCGGGAGUCUUCAAUUGUCAACACAGAUAUGGGCACACUACGGGGUUUUGCGAUUCCCGCAAAAAAUAACGAGAAGAGGGGCAUUGUCCACAGUUUUUUAAACAUUCCAUACGCCAAAUCCCCCGAGGGUGAUCUAGCCUUCAAAAAGCCACAAGAAUACGGUCCUUGGACAGGAGUCAGAGACGCUACCGUUGACGGGCCUGUGUGUAUACAGGGGUACAAAUUUCCGGGACCACAGUCGUUCCCCGAAGCCAUUGACUGUCUGACAUUGGACAUCCGGGUACCUCACAAUGUCUCGCGCUCCAAUAAUCUGCCAGUAAUUAUAUGGAUACAUGGAGGUGGGUAUUUCUUCGGCGGCACCCGUUAUACCGACGCCUCUGUAUUUUCCGUGCUCUCAAACACUAUUGUCGUAACUUUUAACUUCCGCCUCGGCAUAUACGGGCUUCUCUCGACUGAAGACGCCGAAUGCCCGGGAAACUUUGCUUUAUGGGACCAGAAGAUGGCUAUAGAGUGGGUUAACAAGUAUAUAGCCGCUUUUGGAGGUGAUCCGUCGCGCACAACACUGCUUGGACAUGCCACGGGCGCAAAUGCGAUAUCGCACCACGCCAUGAUGCCGGACAACAUUGGACGAUUCCAGCGCGUGAUUCUCAUGAGCGGAUCUGCCACACAACCAGGAGAUUGCAUUGCAAACCCACGGAAAAAUUUGAUAAAACUUAACGCGGAGAUAAAAUGUGGUGACUACACAGAGGAGAACCUAGACACCAAGGCGUUCAUGGCGUGUAUUAGAAGUAAAACUCCCGACCAGCUUGUUGCAUCCAUAACAACAUAUGCUGAAAAACUUAUGACGCAAUUAAACGCUAUUAAAAUAGACAUUUUUCUUGGGGUUGUCGUAGACGGAGACUUUAUACGGGAUUUUCCAUCUCGGAUACUGGCGGACAAAAAAUCCCCGGAAUAUAGCAUGUUUCGGUCCCUUGAUGUUUUAGCGGGGAAUGUGGAACAGGAGGGAUCCAUCGUAGCCAGUCUGCUUGUUGGAGAUAUGAGGACAAGAUGGAACCUUACCGAGACUAUAGAAUUCUCAACUGAUUUCAUGUGCCAAGAACUAGCGCCGAUUAUUGCGAAAGAUCUGUACAACGUGACGUCACCGAAUGCGACACAAGCUGUGUGUGAUAGAUACACCGUUGAGGGCGGAAAUGACGUCAACAUCCUCAAUCAGAGCAUUGCGUUCUCAAACAUGUACGGCGAUGUCUUGUACGUUGCUCCCGUCGUCGAGAUACUAAAAAUGCAUUCCCGGGACAACCUGGAGACUUCCACGUACCAAUAUAUUAUGAAGAAGGAAUAUCCGUAUGGGUAUUACUUCGGGCGUUGGCCCUGGCAGUUUGGAGUAGGACAAGGCCAUGAUUUGUCUUAUCUCUUUGAUGUUUAUGCUUAUCCAUACAUGAUGGUCGAAGAAGACCUUGACAUGUCAUUGAAGGUUAUCACGUGGUUUGCAAACUUCGCACGCAAUGGUGACCCAAACUCUGCGAAUCCAAAUGUCACCUGGCCUAGGUAUACAUAUGCAGAGAAGGCGUACCUCGAUCUUGACGUAGUUUCUGUCCCCCAGAAAAAUCUCUGGCCAGAACGAAUGAACUUCUGGUUGGAUACGUUUCCCCGACUUGUGGCCGCCAUCUUGGCUCCGCCAACGACAACGACAACAACUAAAACUACAACCACGACAACUACAACAACCACUACAACCACGCCUCGACCAACCACUCCCAAACCCGUUGUAAUUACGCCCGCGCCCACUCAGCCAGGCAAUACCGGAAAUGACGUCAAUGCAGGAAAUGGUGUAAACGCUGGAAGAAGAAUAGGUUCUGGAGAAUACAUGCUUGUUUUUGUGUUCGCGGUUGUUUUGCUUGGUUUGUAAUAGGAAAAAGCGACAAGGAUCUAUUUUUGCCAAUAGACACUAUCAUUUGGUUUAUCUCUGAAAAAGUGCUCGUCUUUUGUUUCAACUUCAACGAGCGCGUCCUUUUGGAAAUGACAUCGUGUGGUUGACAUAAACAUACACUAUAGAUUAGUAAUCGUGUAAGUUACUUAUUACUGGAAAUACUUUUGUCAUUGAAUAACAUUAAGUGUUCUUAAGCGAAGACUUGGUUCUUCCAACAUUUAUUUGUAUAAUAUUUGUAUACCUUCUGGAAAUAAUAUUGCCUAUUUUAUGACAUUUGAGAUACGGUAUGAUUGUGUCAAAAUAUCCGCAACCCUAAUGAUGAUCUAGUGUCUUAACAAUACAUAUGUUUUGUUAUGAUACAUUAUUGUCUUAAUGAUACAGACAUGUCUUAAUUAUACACACGUGUAUAAAUGAUACAGAAGUGUCUUAAUGUUACAGACAUGUCUUAAUUAAACUAUACAGACGUGUAUUGAUGGAUCAAGGGUGUCUUAAUGAAACAGUUGUGUCUUAAUCUGAAAAAGUGUCAAUGAUACAGAUGUGCCUUAAUUUGAAAAAGUGUCUUAAUGAUACAGAUGUGUCUUAAUGUGAAAAAGUGUCUCAAUGAAACAGCUGUGUCUUAAUAAUACAGGUGUUUAUUUAUGGAGCAUAAGUGUCUUAAUAAUACAAAAGUGUCUUAAUGAUACUGAAGUGUCUUAAUGAAACAGAAGUGCUUAUCUGAAAAAAAGUAUCUAAAUGAAAUGUUGGUAUACCUAACUGGUUUAUUUACGAAUCGUCCAAUUUUAUUUUUACAACAAUUUAAAUAAUAAUCAAGGAGCAUAAAAUCAAUAAAAUAUAUGCCUAUCAGGAUUACUUUUCGGAUAUACAUAUACGGAACAGAAAGUUAGGUAAAAAGUUGGUCCAUAUGUACUAGACACUUUAGUUUGAAAAUUGAUAUUGCUAGCCACUCCUUUUUAUCUAAGUCUUAUGAUUGAACGCUGGAAAAUUGCUGUAUCUUCUUUCGCAUAAAAUAUUGAAAAAAAGACUCGUAAUGAAAUUAUUUUUUUAUUGACCUGGAAAUCUCCAAUGAUUACAAACUACAUACUUUAUAGAAUGUGUCCUCACUGGGCUAAAACAACUACAAGGCACAUUUGUCUCUAAAAGUUUAUAUUAUUUGUAUUGUUAUUCCUUAACUCGUAAUUCCAUUUUCGAUGUAGCGCGACUGGGCUGGGGUAUACUGUUGUUCACCAGAUGGCGCUGUUAUUGAGAGCGGCAAUAUACAAUCGGGAACCGUCGGCACUUUCCGUAAACGAGAAAGCGCCGACGGUCCCUGAUUGUGGCAAUAUAAUGAUAGAAAGUAAAAGGAUCGAAAUCUUGCCUGUACCUGUUGCAUUGUUACCAUUUUAAACACAUUGUUUUUUGUGAGUAUGUUAAUUUCAUCUUCAUUAUGUUCUCAUGAAUGUUUUGAAAGUAUUUUUUUUCAAAAAUGGUUAAUAAAAAAAUAUAGUCACACCGGAAAAAAUGCAUAGUUACGUUUUUUUGCGGAUGUUCAAGGAUUCAUAAAAAACUGCCGUAUAACACACGAGACAAGGUCAAAAGCCCACAAAAACACAACAAAGAUGUAUAAUUAUUUGAUACUACAUUUAUUCACAUCACAAACUUUUCUGUACAUAUGAGUAUUAAGAGGCACCUAUUUCCACAAUAAUCUACCACAGAAAUGGGAUUAUUGCUGGAAAAAGACAGAAGUCUUUCACACGAGAACAACCCAUCAUUCAUACAAUAUAUUCACACUUAACCUUACAACAGGUAUACCAAUAUUUACAACUAUACACUCACAUUAUAUUAGAUAUUACAUUACAAAAUUACAUUAUCUAUUAUACUGUUCUAUUUAUAGGUAACACAUCAGUUACACAUAUACAAAUGGCAAUUAGCCGUAUAUAAUUUACAUACAAGUGUUAUAUACAUACAUAUAUAUAUAUAUUUCUAAAGGUGUGUCUGUAAAAGCUACAAAAAGCAGGUGAGAAAUUUACACAAAUUAAAAGCUAUUUACAGCAUUAUCACUAUGCGUGUCACACACGAGCUUUGACCAUCAGUGUUCAUCUUUUCUUUCGACGUUUGUAUCAGCUAUACAUAUCGAUUAUAUUACGAUUCCCGGGACUUCUCGAGACUCUUCGUCUUUACAUUUGACGAAACAUCAAUAAAUAACAUCCAACCGAUCUUAUAAAGUACACCAUUUUGCGGAAAGAAUAAAAAUCGUCAGGUAUAGUUACAUGCGCAUGCGCAAUACCCGUCAAAAUGAAAAAGUGAAACAUUCUGAGAUCCGUGUAUUAAGCAUUAUCUGCACUAUCACAAUACAGCUUUGGAGGGCUCCAUUAUACAAUGGUAUAUACAAGACGGG